UGUGGACGUCAAAAUCUACGUCAUCCAAAGUAUAAAAGCUGUUAACUUCGUCGGCCAUUUUAUAGUUGCUUAUAAGUGAUACGUAAAUUUUAGAAAAUCGUUUCGUGUUGUGAUACUUGUGAAAAAUAAUAAUGCAGAUCUUCGUUAAAACCUUGACUGGAAAGACGAUUACUUUGGAAGUGGAACCUUCGGAUACCAUUGAAAACGUGAAGGCUAAAAUACAAGACAAAGAAGGCAUUCCACCAGACCAACAGAGAUUGAUAUUCGCCGGCAAACAACUAGAAGACGGUCGUACUUUAUCAGACUACAACAUCCAGAAAGAAUCAACACUUCACUUGGUACUUCGUCUCAGAGGAGGGAUGCAGAUCUUCGUCAAAACCUUGACCGGAAAGACGAUUACUUUGGAAGUGGAACCUUCGGAUACCAUUGAAAACGUGAAGGCUAAAAUCCAAGACAAAGAAGGCAUUCCACCAGACCAACAGAGAUUGAUAUUCGCCGGCAAACAACUAGAAGAUGGUCGUACUUUAUCAGACUACAACAUCCAGAAAGAAUCAACACUUCACUUGGUACUUCGUCUCAGAGGAGGUAUGCAGAUCUUCGUCAAAACCUUGACCGGAAAGACGAUUACUUUGGAAGUGGAACCUUCGGAUACCAUUGAAAACGUGAAGGCUAAAAUCCAAGACAAAGAAGGCAUUCCACCAGACCAACAGAGAUUGAUAUUUGCCGGCAAACAACUAGAAGACGGUCGUACUUUAUCAGACUACAACAUCCAGAAGGAAUCAACCCUUCACUUGGUACUUCGUCUUAGAGGAGGAAACUGACAUUAAUAGUUAUAUAAUGAUUUGAUAUUAAGUAUUAUGUAUAAUAAAAAACUUUGAAAUAUAUAAUUCUUCAAUU